AUGCUUGAGUCACGAUCAUACCAAGAAGGUAGUCUGUGGUUCUACGCGCCGAACAAAGGUGCCGCCAUUGCCUUCGCGAUCCUCUUCGCCAUAUCGGGUACCAUUCAUGCCUAUCAGAACAUAAGGUACAAGUCCUGGAAAGUGACCGGUCUUCUACCAUGGGCGGCACUUCUCUUCACCGCAGGGUUUAUCAUGCGCACGAUUGGCGCCUUUGGUCAAUGGGGCAACGUUGGCGUAUUCAUUGCUAGCCAGGUCCUCCUUCUUGUUGCACCGCCUGUCUAUGAAGGUGCCAACUACUUCAUUCUUGGACGAAUGCUGUACUAUAUCCCAUACCACUCCCCCAUCCAUCCAGGCCGGGUAUUCACCACCUUUGUGGCGGUCGGCGUUGCCAUUGAGGCCAUCACUGCGAAUGGAGCCGUCCGAGUUGCGGGUGGCGAUUCCACACCCUCCUCAGUGAAAACCGGCAAGGCAUUGCUCAAAGCGGCCCUUAUUCUGCAGAUCGCCUUGAUGGUCGCAUUCAUGGCCUUGGCUGGAAGGUUCCAUCACAAUUGCUCCAAAGGUCGAGUGCUCAACCACAAGAUCAAACGCACCCUGAUCGUCCUCUAUACCAGCUCUACGCUCAUCACUAUUCGAACCAUCUACCGUACUGUCGAAUACUUCACUGCGGCAAGCUUGAACACUUACACUGAUAUCCAGCAUAUCAGCCCAGUCCUGAAGCAGGAAUGGUUCUUCUGGUUUUUUGAAGUGGUGUUCAUGUACAGCAACACGACCUUGCUGAAUGUCUUCCAUCCCAUGCAAGCAUUGCCUCGCUCGAACAAGAUCUACUUGGCCGAAGAUGGUGUGACUGAGAUUGAGGGACCAGGAUAUGAUGAUCCCCGUCCCUGGUUCGUUACGCUCGUUGAUCCAUUUGAUAUUUACGGUUUGAUUGUUCACCGCGGCAGGAAGGAGAAGUACUGGGAGUCGAGCCAGGCACAGCAAGGAAAUACUUCUCAUGUUGCGCAGGAGGCAUAA